GAUCCGUCGGUCGGAGGAGUCGAUGGGGAGGCAGACUUCUCCUCCAAUUUCGCCUUCACCUGCUCUUCAACCAUCGCAGGAACUUGGUGCGGUCGUGGCGGUGCCUGAUCAAAUUGUUGCCUUACCUGACCAGGUCGCAGAACUACCCAACCCAGUGGUGGCACCGCCCGACCAUGCCGCUGCGCUGCCCUUACAGCCAGCCGCCCAGCCUGUGGGCGAGGGACCUCCUGCUGCUCCUCAACCAGUCCAACCGAUCCCUCCGCCCCAUGACAUAGAGGAGAUCUCUUCCUCGAAGUCUGGCGAAGCAUCAGUAAAUUUUGCCCCAAGGGGUUCGGGUAUGGAGCUGGCCGUAGCCCACCAUCUGCAACCAGCAGACGAGUCGGUCGCUGGCCUGACGACUCGUCAUGGUAUUCCCAUGGCGUUUCGGAUGAUGGCCCCUUCUGAGGCGACGACCGUUCUCAAUUAGGCUGCCCAUGAGAUGAACGUCCUGGCCCGAGUCAAUCUUCCGACUCCCGCGCAACUUAUCAUAGCACGCUGCGCCAUCCUGUCUUUUGCCGACUUGAGUCCACCCGACCUCGAGGCUUUGAUUCAAGUCGCGAUAGACUUGUUGGUACAGCCCUCACUGGAGUCGAAAGCUCCCCCCGUCCUUGAUCUGAUGAUGGCAAGGAUCACAGAACUUCAAGCCGAACUGCCUCUGAUCCGACCUCCAUCCUCCGAGGCCACGUCAUCUCAACCAAUCACUGAACUAGCUAGCCUCGAAGCAUCUCUAAAGAAGGUCAAUGAAGACCUUGAUCUUGCCAAUACUACGCUGGACGAACUCCAACAAGCGCGACAAACACUGGCAGCUGAGAUCUCCCAAAAGACAGAAGAGCUCAGAAACCUUCAAGAACAAUUGGAGUCCCUGAAUAAUAGCAUCCAUGAAGGGAGUCGCAUGGUGGAGGAACAUUGCCAAACCCAAAUGAGUCUCUGCGAUUAACUCCAAACAAGCAUAUGAAUGAGACUCGUUAGGGGGCACCAAGAGGCCUACCAGCGUCGGCAGGCCACUCGGUCGGAGCUGAAAUGGACCGACCUCCGAACCGCCCUUAAGGCCCUGCUUUCUCUUUAACUUGAUGUAAUAUGUUUAUAACUUCUGGACUUAGUCUAUAUAUGCAUCCUACUUUUCAGA